AUGCCAUUCGGAAGAAAAGGAAGAAAGAACCAAAUUGAUGAAAGCUAUACCUCUGUUAUUGAUGGUAUUAAAAAGAUUUAUGAUACUAAACUCAAAAAAUUAGAGACUGAUUAUAAAUAUGAUUACUUAAUUUCUCCAACUAUGAGACCAGCUGACUUUGAUGCAAAGCCAAUGGUUUUAUUCCUUGGUCAAUACUCUACUGGUAAAACUACUUUUAUUAAUUAUUUAUUAAAUUAUGAUUAUCCAGGAUCAAAUAUUGGUCCUGAACCAACUACUGAUGGAUUUGCAGCUAUUAUGCAUGGACCAACAAAUGGUAAUGUUCCAGGAAAUACUUUAUGUGUUCAAACAGAUAAACCAUUUACUAAUUUGGCUAGAUUCGGUAAUGAUUUUAUGGCUAAAUUUAGUGGUGCAUAUUGUAAUCUUCCCCUCCUUGAACAUAUGACUUUUAUCGAUUCUCCUGGUGUUUUGUCUGGAGAAAAACAAAGAAUUGGUAGAUCAUAUGAUUUUAAUGAAGUUGUAAGAUGGUUUGCUGAAAGAGCUGAUAUGAUUGUACUUGUAUUUGAUGCACAUAAAUUAGAUAUUUCUGAUGAAUUUAAAGGAGUUAUUGAAUCUGUUAAGAAACACUCAGAAAAAAUGAAAAUUGUAUUGAAUAAAGCAGAUUCUAUUGAUUCACAACAAUUAAUGAGAGUAUAUGGAGCUCUUAUGUGGUCACUUGGUAAAGUUAUGCAAACACCAGAAUGUCUUAGAGUCUAUGUCUCUUCAUUCUGGGACCAACCAUUUAAAGAUACUUUAUUUACUUCUUUAUUUGAAAAAGAACGUGAUGAUUUAAUGUAUGACCUUCAUGCAUUACCAAAACAAGCUACUGUUCGUAAAGUUAAUGAAUUAUGUAAACGUGCUAGAUUAGCUAAAACAAACGCAUACAUUACAUCAUAUCUUCGUGAACAAAUGCCAACAUUUGGUAAAGAAAAAAAGAAGGCAGAACUUAUUGCUGAUUUGAAUAAUGUCUUUAAUAUUAUUAUGAGAAAAUAUAAUUUGGCUGCUGGUGAUUUCCCACCAAUCCAGCUUUAUAAAGAAAAAUUAAAUGAACUUGAUUUCACUAAAUUCCCUAAGUUAGAUACAAAGCUUAUUGCUUCUAUUGAUGACGUACUAGGCACGGAUAUUCCGAUGUUAUUAAAGAAAUAUCCAAUGGAAGAUAGUUUGUCUUCUUCUUCUAACCCAUUUGAAGCAUCAACUGGUUAUGAAAAAUGUAUGGAUAUUUUAGAAGUAACUGACGAUGAAAUUUUUGCUUACCAAAAAGAAUUUGAUAAAUUACCAAAGAACGAAGAAGGUAAGGUUAAUGGUAAAGACUGUUUUGCUCCACUGAUGGCUACUGGAGCAGAUAAGAAAGCUCUGAAAAAGAUCUGGUCUAUUGCUGAUUCCGGUAAAAAUGGAUCGUUAAAUGCUCAUCAAUACAUUCUUGCCAAAGUUUUAGUUCGAAGUCUAUUGCAAAAUGGUGGUUAUCCGGAUGAUUUACCGCCUGUGGAGUAA